AUGGCGACUACUAUAUGUUGGUUACGGCAUGUGUGCUCCCAUUCAUCGCAUUUACUGAAAAAACAGUGUCCUCUUGGCAAUAAUUUUGUGCGAUGGCUGAACCUGCAGGAAUAUCAGAGCAAGAUGCUGAUGGCCAAUCAUGGCAUCAAUGUACAGAAGAACCAAGUUGUUGAUACUGCUGUUAAUUCAAGUUCUCUGGCGAAAAACAUGAAUUGUGAAGAAUAUGUUGUAAAAGCACAAAUUUUGGCUGGUGGCCGUGGCAAAGGAGUGUUCCAACCAAAUGGCUUUAAAGGUGGUGUUCAUCUAACUAAAGAUGCUAACAAGGUUGAAGACUUGGUAGCUAACAUGUUGGGUAAUCGUCUUGUCACUAAACAAACUCCUAAAGAAGGAGUUGUAGUCAACAAGGUUAUGAUUGCUGAAGCCUUGGACAUUGCUCGAGAAACUUAUUUUGCUAUUCUUAUGGAUCGAUUACACAAUGGUCCUGUUAUGGUUGGCAGUGCAUCUGGAGGAAUGGACAUUGAAGAAGUGGCUGCCUCAAAUCCAGAAGCUAUUCAUACUGAGCCAAUCAAUAUCUUUACUGGAGUUCAUCCUGAGCAAGCCAAAAAAAUGGCAUCUUUCCUUGGCUUCAAAGGAAAUUUGGUAGAUGAGGCUGCCAACCAAAUUUGUCAACUGUACAAACUCUUUCAAAGUGUUGAUGCCACACAAAUAGAAGUUAAUCCUUUUGGAGAAACCACAGAUGGAAAAGUUGUAUGUUUUGAUGCAAAAAUAAAUUUUGAUGAUAAUGCUGAAUUCCGCCAGAAGUCAAUAUUUGCUUUGGAAGACACAAGUGAACAAGAUCCACGAGAAGUUGAGGCAGCCAAAUUCAAUUUGAAUUACAUUGGAAUGGAUGGCAAUAUUGCUUGCUUGGUAAAUGGUGCUGGUUUGGCCAUGGCUACAAUGGAUAUCAUUAAGUUGUAUGGAGGAGAACCAGCUAAUUUCCUCGAUUGUGGUGGAACUGUUACAGAAACUCAAGUCUUUCAUGCCUUUAAACUUUUAACUGAAGAUUCACAAGUAAAAGCAAUUCUUGUAAAUAUUUUUGGUGGAAUUGUCAAUUGUGCGACAAUUGCAAAUGGAAUAACAAAUGCUUGUAAAAAUAUCAACCUUAACCUGCCACUUGUUGUCCGCUUGGAAGGUACAAAUGUGGAGGAAGCAAAACGUAUUCUGAAAGAAAGUAAUUUACCCAUUCUUUCUGCUGUGGAUUUGGAUGACGCAGCUCAAAAAGCUGUUCAAUCUUUGUCUGCAUGA